CAUCGUGCAGUCUGUCACAAGCAAAACAGAGCGGACGUGUGCAGCCAAACUCAGAUCAUUUUCAAAGUCAAACAGUCCGGACGUCUUCAAACUUCGCGCCUCCUUUCCUCCAUAAAAGCGCUUGUGGAUCGCAACGGAUCUCAGUUCGGAGUUCGAGAGGCUGGGGAACGUUCUGUUUAGCAAGUUUUGGAAUCUUGAGAUUGAGAACUUCGUUUUCUCUCAACCCCGGACAGAUAUCAGUAUCAGCCGGAUUUAUUUUUAAUCAGAGUUUGAAUCCAACAGUCUCUAAACAAUGGUCGACUACAAAACAAUAAACACCUUUGUAGCUGGGGGUCUGUCGACGUGUUGCGCGAAAACAACAACAGCUCCCUUGGAAAGGCUAAAAAUACUCUUCCAAGCUCAGAACAAGCACUACAAAAACAUGAGUGUUUUUGGAGCUUUGAAGGCGAUCUAUAAGAAAGAGGGAUUGCAAGGCUAUUACAAAGGAAAUGGAGCUAUGAUGGUUCGUGUAUUCCCUUAUGGCUCUAUCCAAUUUGUUUCCUAUGAGCAGUACAAGCUAUUGUUUGAAAAUGCUCUUCAGAACUCACAUCUCAGCAAAAUUGUUGCUGGUGGCCUUGCCGGCCUAACUGCCUGCUCCUGCACUUAUCCUUUGGAUAUUGUGCGAUCACGUCUUGCUUUCCAAGUUGCUGAUGAGCAUACAUACUGUGGCAUAUGUCAAACUGUCAAGCAGAUAUUUAUGACAGAAGGAGGCAUGGUUGCGCUGUACCGGGGAUUCACCCCAACUAGUCUAUCCAUGAUUCCUGCAGUGGGAAUUGGUUUUUAUGCAUUCGAGUCCUUCAAGGAUUUUUUUGUUGCAAUGAAAGGAGUACUGACAAGAAUCCACCCCGAAACUGGUGAGACAGUCUUGACGGCUUCAGGGGGACUGCUUUGUGGAGCAUUGGCAGGGGCGACAUCACAGACUCUUGCUUACCCUCUAGAUGUGGUGCGCCGCAGGAUGCAACUAGCUGGUGCCGUUGCCGAUGGCCACAAGUACAGCACCUGCAUCAACACCUUCAUCAGCGUCUAUACAGAAGAUGGGAUAAGGCGUGGCUUGUACCGUGGGCUGUCAAUCAACUACUUGAGGGUGUGCCCUCAAGUGGCUGUCAUGUUUGCGGUCUAUGAAGUUGUCAAGCAGCUUCUUACUAAGGCUGAGGAGUAAGGUGAUUCUUUGACCAUGUUGAUCAUGACGGGUCUCGAAAGGGAUUACAGCAGGCUAUGGCCAAGCUAACAUUCCUACGCAGAGAAACCAGCAAGGUUUAGUACAUGGCUGAGUUUGGUUGCAAGCUAAAAAGUUGUUGAAGAUUGCCACUUGGAACGUUCAAGGCACACAAACAAGCUUUGGCUUACAACCAGAAAUAACUGAUUGACACAUUCAACAUUUGUUUUUGAAUCAUGAACAUUAGCCAAGACUUCACAGAAAUAUUCAUUGCCUGAAGAAACAUUGUUGCUAUACAUGAUUCCUAGUCAGUGUUGGGUGCUCUAUUUGUUGAGGUACACAGCGUGUCAUGGGAUACAUAAGCUUCUUGCAGUCAUAGUUACCGCUGAUCACAGAAGUAGGCACAUGACCUGGGGGAUUCCUUGAAAAAGUCAUAAAUGCUUGUCCUUUCCUUUAGGGUGUAAAAUGCACCCAAGUGCUAUUCCUUUUCAUACACCUAUGAAUAUCCAGACAUCUGAUUCAAUAAUGGAUAUGGAAUUCAAAUUGGCUGUUGAUCUCGGGUUAUUGAGUUUGCUCAUAUGAGCAUGCAAAAUCUUCUAGCAGUGUGUCGUUGUAGCUUUGAAGAUAAAUCUAGAAGCACAUGACUUUUUUGCGGGAUUUUCUCAUGACAAUUGCAAAUAAGCAAGUCAACAAAAUUAUCUGUCAUACAGACAAUUGGAAGUAUUUUGGUGCAGACACACCCAAAAUGUUUAUAUUGAUGCUGAAAAUGGUUUUGGCACACAGCUACAUGUCACAACAGUAGUCUUGCAUAAAACCAUACUUUCACAAUUAGCUAUAAAUUGUUAGCUACUAAAAGGGGGUAUUACUAGAUGCUCUUUCAAAAAAUUAUUGAUCAAAUCAAACUACAUUUCAAAGCCUGGAUAUAAACUUUACUUUUUCCUUGUAUCAAAGAAAGUUAGGAUGUUGAUUCCAAUGAAUGAAAAUGAACAAAAUUGAAAGGAAAAAUGCACUAUUAUAUGAAUUUAUAUACUUGGAGGGAUCAUUACAUGGACACCAAUGUUAAUCAUUGCAUAUUUUUUCACACAUAAUCAGGGUUCUGGGAGAUACAUUACUAGAAGUUUUGAUAAAUUGUUUUAUUAUACAUUCAGUUGUAGCAUUCAGUUCAAGCUCUGUUUUAUUACUGAUGUCAGAUUUUUGUCUCCUAAUCCGGUUUCUCAGCAAUUUAAUUUCCAAUUAAUAAUGAGUAUUUUGUAAUAUGAUCCCUUGCCUGAUAAACUGGAACUUAGCUGCCCCCUUAAGUCAUAAAAGAUAUUGUAAAUAUUAUACAUAUUGUAAAAUAGCCAGACAUAAAAUAUUGUAAUAUAGUUAUACAAAUGUCAGAAAUUUCUUUAUUAAAAAGAAAAUAUUUAUAAAAAAAUCAAAUAAA